AUGACUCAGACCAACGCCGGAGCUGGAACCGGAGCCGGAGCCACCGCAACAGCGGCAGCGACAACGGCGGAGCCUCCUCAGGCGCAACCGCAGCCGCAGAGCAACGAGAUGGUGAUGCACACGGGAAGCUUGAGCUUCAGCAGCCAUAUGUCGAGAGAAGACGAGGAAAUGACUCGCUCUGCGCUUUCUGCGUUUAGGGCUAAAGAGGAAGAGAUUGAGAAGCGGAGGACGGAGGUUCGUGAACGGAUCCAGGCUCAGUUGGGUCGGGUCGAGGAAGAAACCCGACGCCUCUCCACCAUUCGCGAGGAGCUUGAGUCUAUGGCGGAUCCAAUGAGGAAGGAAGUUUCUGUGGUUCGUAAGAAGAUUGACAGUGUUAACAAAGAACUCAAACCUUUAGGUUCCACUGUCCAAAAGAAGGAAAGGGAAUACAAGGAAGCGCUGGAUUCAUUCAACGAGAAGAACAGGGAGAAAGUACAGCUGAUCACCAAACUCAUGGAGAUGGAACAGUUGGUAGGAGAAAGCGAGAAGUUGAGGAUGAAGAAGCUGGAGGAGCUGAGCAAGAGCAUAGAAACCGUGUGA